AUGGGAGCGGCCGCGGCCUCGUCCUUGGGUGUCGAGGGGCCGCCUCGCGGCGUGAACCAGGUGGAAGCCGAAUCUGCCGAGCUGCCGAAUCUGCCCGCUGGGCGCUCGCAGCAGCACUGCGGAUGGGUUGGCCCAGGAGACAGCCGCGUAGGCGGAGCGGAGACACGGGGCAGUCGGCCGCGCCGAGCCGCAGCAGACGGCAGCGACGACCACGCGCCCGCCCAGGAGGCUAAUAACAGCGGCGCGGCGUGUCGCAAGGCGGCGUGCGCGAUGGGGCUGGCGGCGGCGGGGGCGCUGGCGUACGCGGCGGCGCUGCUGUGCGCGGCGCUGGCGGCCGCCUACCUCUACUUCACGCGCCACUUCCGCCACUGGGCGGCUAAGGGCGUCCCGCACGAGCGCCCGCUGCCCUUCGUGGGCAACUUCAAGGACGUGGUGCUGAUGCGCACGUCGAUGGGGCUGCUGGCCAAGGAGGUGUACGAGCGCCGCAAGCGCGAGCCCUUCGUGGGGCUGUUCGCCUUCGACCAGCCCGUGCUGCAGAUCCACGACCUGGCGCUGGCGCGCGCCGUGCUCGUCAAGGACUUCCACGCGUUCACCGACCGCAGCUGCAGCGCCAACGCGCGCGUCGACCCGCUGCCGGUGCGCAGCCUCUUCGCCCUCACCGGCGACCGCUGGAAGCGCUCCCGCGCCGCCCUCACGCCCAGCUUCACCUCCGGCAAGAUGAAGCGCAUGUACCAGCUGGGCAACACGCUCGCCGACCCGGACGCCGCCUUCCGGCGCACGCUCCUGCAGCACUUCGAGUUCUCGCCGCGGCGCGCGCUCGUGAUGGCCACGGCGUGGUUCGCGCCCGCGCUCAUCGACCUGCUCGGGCUGAAGGUGAUGAAGCAGGAGGUGGAGGACUUCGUCAGAGGCACCAUCAUCACCACCAUUCGGCAGCGCGAGAAGGACCAGGCGAAGCGCAACGACCUGCUCGACAGCCUCAUUCAGCUCAAGCAGGCCGGGAGCAUCGAGGAUGCCGAGGACCAAGGAGAGCAGAUGGCGAACAAACUGGAUGUGUGUGCCCAUUCGUUUGCAUUCUUGAUGGCUGGUUUUGAGACUACUGCCUCCACGCUGAACUACAUGCUCUUUGAAUUGGCCAGGAACGAUGCAGUACAGGACAAGCUGCGCAAGGAAAUCCAAGAAGCAAUAAUUGAUGGUUCCAUUUCUUACGAAACUCUUCACGGCUUGAAGUACCUCGACAUGGUCAUGCAAGAGACAUUGAGGAAAUACCCGCCAUUGCCUUUUAUAAGUCGAACGUCGACUUCCAAGUACACUUUGCCUGGAACUAAUGUGACUUUGGAGAAAGGAUCUCGAAUUAUCUUGCCCAUGUAUGGAUUCCAUAUGGACCCAGACUUUCACCGUAAUCCUAAAAUUUUUGAUCCGGACAGAUUCUCUGAAGAAAACAAGAGGAACAUUCCAAAUUACAGUUUCAUGCCUUUUAGCGAAGGGCCACGGAACUGUAUAGCGCUCCUCGCGGCCGCCGCCUUCCUCUUCUGCACGCGCCACUUCGCCCACUGGAGCAGCAAGGGCGUGGCGGGCCCGCGGCCGCUGCCCUUGGUGGGCAGCCUCAAGGACGUGGUGCUGAUGCGGAAGCCCAUCGGCGUCGUGGCCAAGGAGGUGUACGACGAACACCGCGCCCAGCCCUAUGUCGGCCUCUUCGCCUUCGAUGAGCCCGUGCUGCAGAUCCACGACCUGGCGCUGGCGCGGGCCGUGCUCGUCAAGGACUUCCAG